CGAAUAUUUUGAUGCUAUUUCACUAGUUGAUGCUACUUCAUUGUUUGAUGCUACUUCGUUGGUUGAUGCUACUUCAUUGGCUGGUAUUACUUCGGUAGUUGACGUUACUUUGUUGGUUGAUGUUACUUCAUUGGUUGAUGUUACUUCAUUGGUUAAUGUUACUUCGUUGGUUGAUAGUUGCCUUUUCUAUGCAGGGCCUUUACCACUAAAAAUUAGAAGUCCAAAUUUGGAAUGGAUCGAUUAA